AUGAGUACAAACUCCUCCUGUACCACCAUCUCAAGCACCUCUUCCAUGUCGAUUGAAUCCACGAUCAGAUACUGUCCUCCUCCAAGUAAUCCUCUUCACUCGUCAUCAUUCACCAAUGCAUUGAAUGGCCAUACAACAGAUCAUCGACAAUCAUAUAAUUCCAGUCCAACCCAACAAAAACAGUUCAUCUUUCAUUCCAUUGAUCCACGUGCUCAAGAGUCGAAACGAAAGAAGGAUCGAGAGUUUAUGGCUUCUCAAACGUUCCGAGGGCUUACGUUUCGGCCAAGCAAAUAUAUGGGCAUGAUGAAACCAUCCAUCUCCACACCUUUCAAUAAUACCUUACAUUUGAAUAUUGCAAAUCAUUCGGCAGUAUCUCAAGCAGGAGGUUGUUCUAAAGAACAGUGUACGAAUAAUAGUUCUCUCAAUUUCCUUAAUUCCUCAUUGACCAAUACCAAUGUCAUGAAUACAAUCCAAACAUGUGAAACAUGCUGUAGUGGUAUACGACAAAAUUCCUCUGCAUAUCAUUACUACAUGUCACCUGAGAGUAAGGCGGUAGACUCUUGUUCUUCUCAAUUGCCCAUCAUCAAACAAGUAUUUUCAUGUAGCUCAAUCCCACCUCACUCACGACCGUCUCCAAUGAGUUCUCGAACCACCAUUCCUAGCAAGGUAACGAGUACUUCGCUUCAUUUCCCAAGCUCCAAGACAUCGUAUCGAGUUGAAAAAUCAUACCACAUGAAAUCAUCCAAGUUGCCAGCCACUAGUCCAACGACUGUGCACCGAAUGGUUGAACAGGUCGUUCGUCUCAAUUGUUGUUCAACUCUUCCAACGGUCAUGACUGCUUCUACGAGUGCCAUCUUAUCAGCUCCAAGAAAAGUCAGAACAUCCAUUUCUAUUAGUGAAUUAUUAAAUUAA